AAAUGGCUCGUGAGCUGAACAUAUCGCAAUAUUCCAUUCGGCAAAUAUUGAAAAAUGAGCUCGGGGUAAAGCCAUUGAAAUUUCAAAAAGUGCAAGAACUUACACCGCAACAGAAAGAAAAUAGACUCAAAAGAACUAAAGAGUUGCUUCGCUUGGCCGAAAGUGGUGAACUGCCGAAUUUGGUUUUCUAAGAUGAGAAAACAUUCGUUGUCCAGCAAUUUUUAAACAAACAAAAUGAACGUGCUUACUUGCCAAAGAGGUGCACCUUCGGUUGCCCACCAAAUCUCAAGCGCCGGCCAUAGUGAUGGUGUGGGCCGCAAAUAACAGGCGAUGGUCGCCCUCCGCUCGUAUUAAUCGACCAUGGCAUUGAAUAAAUGCCGAAUAUUAUCGCGAAAAUAUUCUGGAGGGUGUAUUAAAGCCUUGGGAACGCAAACAUUUUGGCCGCAUACCUUGGACAUCAACCCAAGAACAGUUAAAAAAUGAGUUUCUUCGCUUCAUUUCCAGCGCAGAAUGGCCACCAAAAUCUCCGGAUACAAAUCCGUUGGACUAUUGUGUCUGGAGUAUUUUGUAAAGCAAGAAAACAUGAAAAUCAAACGUGAAAAUCACGAUGAUGGUCCCCACUCAGAGAAACGUAGCCGACACGGUGAUGAUCAAGUUCGCAUCUUGAUACCCAGUAAUAUUGCCGGUGCUAUUAUAGGCAAAGGAGGCCAACACAUUCAAAAAAUGCGCACACAGUAUAAUGCCACUGUGUCUGUCGACGAUUCCCAAGGCCCCGAACGGUAAAGAUCUUACUAUAUAAACUCACACACACACAUACAUAUAUAUUUUCUUCUUCUCUUCCUAUAUAAACAAAUAUGUCUCAUCAUAACUUUA